AGCUCACUGCUCAUCAGACUCAUUUUUAUCUGGGAUUAUAAAUUGCAUUAAAUAAUUUAAACUUUGCAUUAUCAUUGUUUGCCAAAAAUGUAGGGCAGGCUAAUUAUUCAACAGGCAAGUUAUCCACAUGUUAAAUGUAAUUGUAUUGAGGGAAAAAGCCUGUCAGCAUAACGGCGACAAGCGAUCUAUUAUGUACUAUUUAAUAGGCUCUAGUUUGUAUGGACUGUGACAAGUGUUGCCAUUCUAAUAAGAUUGCCAUUCUCAUGAGAUUUGCAUAUGCAUAGUAACUAUUCAGCCAACGCUGCACUGGAACUCUGGAACUAUUCGCUGUCACUGGGCGGGCCCUAAAUGAUGUUGUACGCCUAGACCGGGGGUGUAAUUCAAGUGAAGGAAAAUCGAGUCAAGGGAGUUACCUCAACGGCAAGCUUUCGAGAUAUGAGAUCGGGCCAUAUUUCAUGUCCGUCUUUCUCUAAAUUAAAAAAAGAAGUGGAGGAAGAUACAAUUGAGAGUUACACAGCCAACAUUCCGCCUAUCAGCUGGUGGACAAAUGUGACCCCCCCCCGUGCAUGCACAAAUUCUCUGUGUUUACAAGUGAUUGAAACCGUGCCAGCGAAGAGGGAAAAAGAUAACCAAGGAGGGAUGGUGGACAAUUCCGGUAGCAGCAAGGCACAAAUGCCCAGCAUGUCACAGGAGAGUGGUCUGGGGGGUGUCUAUCCUCAGGCAGGCACGGCAGGAGGAAUGAAGCUCGAGGCUGUCAUGGAGCAGCUGCAGCGCCAGCAGCAGGCCAGGCUGGAGAUGGAGCGCAAGGAGAGGCGGCUCCGCGAGGCCCACAUCAUGUACGCCCAACAGGUAGCAGCGCAGCAGGCCAUCCUAGCCGCGGCUAGGGCCUCUGGAGCUGGCUUCAUGGGCAAGGCCCUGGUUGGAGGUGGUUCAGGGAUACCCAGAGGAGGCCCACUGUCCCGGGUCUCUAACCAGAGCAGUGUGGACUCAGAGAGGGAGGACGAGGAGGACAGAGGCCGGGAUUCAGGGGAUGAAGAUGACGAUGAGGGGAUGAUGGAUGGAGAUGAGGGGAGUGAGGAGGAAGAGGGAGGGGCUAGUGGUCUUGAGUACCUCCGCAAGCAGACACUGGCUCUUCAACAGGGUGCCUCCCACCUCCCAGCGAAUCCAUUUGGUAGUUACUCUACCUCGGGCCCCCAGAAUGCCCCAUUGCCACCCGUUAGGGUGAAGCAGGAGCCUGACGAGAGCCGCUCUCCUGCAGGGCCCCACUCUGCCUCCUCCCCCAACGGGCAGUCCGACUGGAAUAGCUUUGAUGAUCAAUUAAAACAGAAUGGGAGCGCUGCUUGGGCUGAUGAGAAUGACAGUGGAAGAGGAAGAGGAGGAGAGGCCUCCAGAGACUUUGCUAAGCUGUAUGAGCUUGACAGUGACCCCAACAGAAAGGAGUUCCUGGAUGACCUGUUCACCUACAUGCAGAAACGAGGGACUCCAGUGAACCGCAUCCCCAUCAUGGCCAAGCAGGUUCUGGACCUGUACAUGCUUUACAAGCUGGUGACGGAGAAGGGCGGCCUGGUAGAGGUCAUCAACAAGAAGAUCUGGAGAGAGAUCACCAAGGGCCUCAGCCUGCCCACCUCUAUCACCUCUGCUGCCUUCACCCUCCGCACACAGUACAUGAAGUACCUGUAUCCCUUUGAGUGUGAGAGGAAAGGUCUAAGUUCGCCAGGCGAGCUUCAGGCGGCCAUCGACAGUAACCGCCGGGAGGGCCGUCGCCCCAGCUACAGCAGCAGCCUCUUCCGCUUCUCCCCCAGCACAGCCCCUCACAUCCUCUCCCCUCCCAAGAUGCACCUGUCUGCACUGGGGGCAGGGGCCGCUGGGAGCCUCAACGGCCUGUUGGCCUCACCCGUCCACUCUCUCAAAAAAGAAGAGAUCACCCCCUCCGUGAUGGCAGCGGCUCGUGGUACCUCCAUGUCCCUGGCGCUGGGGCAGCAGCAGGUUGCAGGGCUGGCGCGGGCUGCCACUCUGGAGCAGCUGAGGGAGAAGCUGGAGACUGGCGAGGGCCCUGAGAGGAAGAUGGCACGCCUGGCAGAGGAGCAGCAGCGUCUGAUGCAGCAGGCCUUCCAACACAACCUGCUUGUCAUGGCCUCACAGGUCCCCAUGAACCUGCGCCUGGGCAACAGCACCACCGCUAGAGUGGGUUAUGCAGAUGUAUGCUGCAAGACACCCACAAGGAAAUAUGAGAAGCAGCAGGACAUGGCUCUGAGCAUCUCCACCAAUGGAUCUGCUAGCAUCAGUGUGUCUGUGGAGGUCAACGGCACACUCUAUUCAGGAACCCUGUUUGCACAGAAGUCAAGCGCACCAGGGACUGGCGUGUCCACUGCGGCCACAGUGCCCCCUGCUGGACCCAGCGCUGGGUUUGGGUUCGCCACCUCUGCUCACAGCCACAGUCCAAGUUCCUCCUCUUCCAAGGGGCCUUGCUCGGCCGAGCCCUCCUCCAGUGGCUCACCUUAGCUCAGGCUGCCCUACCACCCACUCUCCAGGCUUUUCCUCACCACCGAGGCCUAGCAUGAAUACAGUACAUUGAUAAAUUGACAAGAAAAAAACUGUUGCACAACAAAUACCUCAUCGCUCCUGUCAACCUUGGCUACCCAUUUAUGAAUACACAAUUCACACACCCAAACAUGCACCCACACACACACACCUAUGCAUUUUACACACUCGACACACAUGUGCACAAACACACAUGCAUUUCAGACACCCAGCACACAGAGACUCUUAUACCAAAUGCAUGCUAAACACAAUCCGAUCACUCAGCCAAAACCCACUGACAGGUGUUCACAACUGAACUUGAAGAGUUUUAUUUUAUGAUUUUGUUUGUUGCCGUUUGUUUUUUGUUUUGUUUUUUGAAACAUUAUUAUUUUUUUAGUUAUCUUUUUUACAUACCUAAAAUCAAGUAACCUGCAGUGGUAUCUUUACCUCAGGAGCUGUAGUAUACUUCACCUGAAUUAACUUUAUUUUUGUAUCCUUUUUGAUCUUGUUGAAAUCAGGGGAAUUUUGGGGAAUUUCACAACGGAACCUCACUCACCUCAACACACC